ACUUAUUAUUCUGUGGUUAUCCUAUCCGUCGCGUUGCCGAACCCCAAAUUACCCAAACAAUACGGCUUUUUAUUUAAUUUACAUUAUUACUGUCGGAGAAUUUAUGUGAUAUAAAGAUCAAAAGCACUAAUUAUGGCAGGGCAAGGUCACCAGUUUCCUGGAAACUUUCAAGGUAACCCAGGGGCUAUGCGGAGCGGAUUCGGCGCUGGCCCUAUGGGAAACCAAAUGCAGGCUAUGCCAAACCAGCUAACAGGUGUAAUGGGUGGAGGAAUGCCAAACGCUAAUGCUAUGGUGGGAAUGGGAAAUCAAAUGGUCCCACCAUACAGUGCUGCUAUUCAGAGCCAAAUGGGCAACAUGGGGAUGGGGCCACAGAGCAUGGGCAUGGCGGCUGCGGCUGCAUCCGGCGCCGGCAUGCCACAAGCCGUACAGCAGCAAGCAAUGACAGUGGCGACUGUAGCUACGGCCACCCCGCCCGCCGCGCCGCCCGCCGCCCCGCCGCCGCAGAACAAACCAGAGUUCAACACCGCUUCACUCUGCAAAUUUGGGCAAGAGACAGUUCAAGAUAUAGUCGGAAGAACAGCCGAUGUAUUCGCCACCUUGAAAGCCAUUCAGCCUCCCAACGGAACACCUCAAGGCGUGAAUGCCAGUAACGAGAAGAAGGCAAAAAUGCAAGAACAACUGCGGACAAUACGACUACUGUUCAAAAGAUUGCGACUUAUCUACGAAAAAUGCAAUGAAACUUGCCAGGGUAUGGAGUACACGCACAUGGAGAGCCUGAUCCCGCUGAAGGACGAGGCGGACAACAAGGCGCUGGACGAGCGCCGCAACACCGAGGCCUACCGCCUCGCCGUCGACGAGAACCGCGAGCUCACCGAACAGGUCGUACUCAAAAACAAGCAACUCAAAGAAGUCAUAACAGCGCUAAGAUCAAUAAUUUGGGAAAUCAACGUGAUGCUGACGAUGAGACGAUCCUAAGCUCCGCCCCUCGAGAAUCUAGCUACAAUCCAUACUCUGUGAUAUGCCUUCCUCUAGUACAACAUAACAGAUUGUUCUAGCUGUAAGUAAGUAACUCUAUUAUAUUUUAAAAUAGUA